UGCUCGGAGUAGGUACUUUUAGUUAUGAAGACGGCUUUGGUAUAAUUACUCUGUGAUAAGAUUUUGAAAUUUAAUUAGAUUACGAUCCUGUAUUCAGUAUUGUAAUUGUAAAUAUAUUACAGAAGUUAAUGUUUAGUUUGCAGUAUGUGCAUGUUCUUUAGAAUAUUUAAUUAGUUAAAGGAAUGAGUUUAAUUUCAAUACUAUAUAUAAAUUGUAUACCAUGGAAGUUUCAAGCGAAAUCAAGGAAGAUAUUCGCAAGACACAGACUGAGUUAAAAAAUGCUAUACGAGUUCAUCAGGUUUGGGUUGCGCGUCUUCAAGAAGACGAAACUAACUCGCUUAUAAAAUCGAAGAUAUGUGAAGCUGAAAAACAUAUUAUUGCAAUUGGGAAUUCGCAAAAAUUGGUGGUAGAUAGACUCCGUAGAGAACUGGAACUAUAUCAGCAACAUCUUAGAGCAAGAAACAAGCAUGUUAAUUUUGAUAAUGACAAUCAAUAUGUUGCCCAACAGUUACGAGAUCACCUAAUACAGUUCAGGGGCAAAAAUCAUUCUGUGUCAUUGUUAAAACCUUCUGUUUUAAAUGAGAUAAAAUUAAAAACAGAGAAUGGAAAUGAUGAUUAUAAUAUAUCUGAUUCAGAAACCGACUCUAAAUCUCUGUACAAAGAUAUGGUAAAUAAAAGAGAAAAUGAUAACACGGAUGAGAUCUCUAAAAGUUUUUCAAAGUUACAAAGUUCUGUGCAAGAUAACAGAAGUAAUUUUGAAAAUGCACUCAAUAAAGUUAAAGAGGUGUUUCUGGGAACAAAAUUUGAUGAUAAUGAUUGGCCUGACAGAUCAGAUUCAGACUCAUCCCUGGAUCCUGAGUUAUCUCCGACACCAUCACCACCUCCUUUACCCACAUCAGGAGAGCCUGUAACAAAGGAAGUCUAUAUGAGACUCAUAGGAUUAGUUACUCCUAUUCAAAAGGUAUUGAUAGAUAAAAGAAGAAGUGACCGCCGCAAAAGAGCUGCAACAACUAAUAGGAAUAAUUACAUAUAUGGAAGUUUUGAAAUGAUCCCUAAAAGGAAAAAAUUAAAUCAAUUCCCAUAUCUGCAGAGCCACAAUGACCCACCACAGACGCGAUCAGCUAAACUGAGGCAACAGAACCAGAAAUUCUCGCGAGAAGGUUCACCGUCAGGUUCCUCAUCAGAAAAUAAAGGUUGGAGUGUCAACAAACCCACAUGGAUACCAGCCUUACCCCCGGGUCUAUCAGUGGAGCCAGUGUCUUCAUCUAAUAAAAAACUCUGUCAUGGCUGUGGUAGAAAUGACGUGCCAUCCCUGCUGGUGCAGUGUGAUGAGUGUUCCACGUGGCAGCACACGGGGUGCGGGGCGGAGGGACAGUGUGCCUCAUGCCACGCGUCACUCCCCGAGCCCGCUGCGACCACGGCGCCUACUCACGCGCAUCUCUACAGAGACAAAUUAGCAGAACGAAAGCGUUUACAAGAGAAAAACAUAGAACUCUGCAUGGAGCUGCGGAAGUUGGAAGCGCGCGCUGCAUCACUGAAGGAUAACCUAGACGAACACAAUGCAGAGAAGAGACAGCUACUGGCCGACCAAAUGAAUACACAGAGGACUCUUCAGAAGUUGCUGGACUUCAUCAGCCAGUUCAAGGAGACAUCGCUUAGUGUCCGAUCAACAUCAGUCAGCGAGUCUGGAAGUGAAGUUAGUAAAAGUAACGAGGAAUAGGUUGUGGUAGUUAAGUUGGUAUGUUAUUGAUAUUGUUUUGGCAUCGUCAACAUGCCAAGUACUGGGACCACUGACCUGUAUCAAUACCACUGGACAGGAUGUUCCAUAUGUUUGACGGUAAAAAUUUUGUGCCUAUUUGAAGCGCCACUCGCGAGCGUCCUGAGAACUAAUUUUGACGUAUAAUAUAAAUGGCUGCAAAUGAAUGUACAAUACUCUGAAGUAUUUUUGCAUUUUGAAUUAAUUUCGUUCAAUGAACGUAAUAAAGUACACAUUUUUUUUUGUAAAUAGUUUCCCACCAUCUAUCCAUGUUUGCUGAGGUUGUCAUCACUAGUUUUAGUACCGCAGACUCUCGCUACAUAGCCAACACCGCCAAAAUGGCGAAUAUCAAACAGGCUCAAAAGCACUUUGACAGCCAGUCCAGUGGUAUAUAGUAGAGGUCAGUGACUGGGACAAGCUUAUGCCAAAAUUUAAUUAGAGAAAUAUUAAAAAAAUCAUUGCUCUUAAGACUACGCGACAGAUGUGAAAGUUUCAUCAAGGUGAGAUUCAUAAAUUCAGCUUAACUCGGGCGUUAAAUAGGUGUGCGUGACAGCCUAAUACAAUACCUACAAAAUACAAAUCUCAGCAUAGCUUACAGUGCAUUCACUUCAAAAAGAAAUUUUAACUCCUAACUGAUCGAAAUCAGAAACUGCUCCUAGAGUUAUCACAUGUGGCAUAAAAAAAACCGUAGUAAAUAAAGUACCUACAUUUUAUGUUAAGUAUAAAAUAUAAGAAAUGAUCGGUAUAUUUUUGAUAAAAUUUUGUAAGAUUCAUUAUUCUUAAUUUUACUUGUAUUAAAAUUGUAACUUGAACUGAGUAAUUAUUAGAACCCGGAUUCAAAACUAUUUUCAUACAAUCAUUUUAUGUGUAGAUUGUAGAUUUUCGCAUAGCUGUUCAAAUUAUCUUGGAGGAGAUAUUUUGGAUAUGUUAAAUAUAUUACUAGGGGUUACAUUAUUGUUCAAAAAUCAUUUAGGGAAAAUUAUGCAGUGUAACAAUUUUGGCCAAAACAUCAUGGAUUGUUUAAGUGAAAACUGCUUUUGGCGCACUUAAUACAUUAUUGAAUGGAGCUGGGCUGUCACGUUUGGCUAUGUAACGCUAGUUCCGAUAAAACCGGUUAGAGUCUACUGAGGUAGCUUUGUCAGAGAAAAAUUUACCAGGGUACGUAAAUUAUACAAUUUGUUGAUUAUGUAUAUUAGUGAAUAUUAUUGUUUUAUGAAUAUUAAAAAAAAAAAUUGUAAUUUUUAUUAUUAAAAUCGCCUUGAUAAAGGUUUACUUUUUUUUUUAAAUCUAUCUUCUUAUUCUUUGCAGGCCGAAACAAUGAUGUUGAUAAAUAUGGAAAUGUAAAACCCGUCUUUAUGUUUUAAAAGGGUAUUUUAAUUGUUCUAAUUGUAUACAAUAACUAUAAAUUUUAUUAUAAUUUAAAAUUAAAAGUUUAUAACAGACCUUUGUGCUUGCUAAUGCACAAACGACUAAUGUCUCUCUCACCAUUCCAGAUUAUACAGAUCUAUUAUUGGUACAAUGAACUCUGAACAUACGUCGUAAAACUUUUUCACUGAUUUGCGGGUAGUUUUAGUUUUGACACAAUAUAUCUGAUGCAAUAGAGACCCGCUCACUGUCUCCUCGUGCAGUCAAAUAUCUCACAUUUAAUUCUCUUAUAGGUUAUUUUAGUUAAGUACUAUUUAAACAAUUAUAUGAAUUAUAAUUUCAUUACAAUGUUUCGUGAAAUAAUAAUGUUACUUAUUCGAUUGCUAUCUUAAUUACGGUUCUUAUGUAAAAUGCUUACAUUUUUUGUUUUGUCACUAUUGAAUGACCUAUUAUUUAAGUUACCACUGCAAAUAUAUGGGUUUAUUUAUUAAUACACUCAUGAUAUUUAAAUACAGAUAAUCUUCCCUAUAACGCGGUUUACUGGUUCCGCGUUAUACGAAACCACGUUAUAGAGCUUAUCACAGUUCAUAACAAGUAUUUCCAAUUUUCUGUCUAGUUUUACUAUCAUAUAAAGGUUUUUAAUAAACGAAUUCAAUAAAAUAAUAUAAUUUUGUAAUAACACAAUUGACACACGUGAAAAGGUACGAGAAGCUAAUUUUGAACUGCACUAAAUGUAAUAAAUUUCACAGUACAGAAAUAUGUAUGUGGCACGUCCCUGCGUUAUAUGGGUAUAUGCCCGUGUUAUGGGAAUUACAAGUCGUGUCAUAUGAAAACGUGUUAUAAGGGUCAGCGUUAUAGGGGGAAUUACUGUAUAAGUAUUAUAAUCCAUUAUAUCGUCGUUAAUUUAUUAAUGAAUUUUUUGAACACCAAACUAUACAUAUUGUAAUUUUUUAGCAUGAAUCUUUAUGCUCAAUUUAUUGUAUGAAUAUUUAAUUAAUAUUUAUAAUAUAGAGAAGCUUCGGCAUUUGAUUGGAAUGCAUCAUUUUUUUUGAUUACAUUUUUUAAUGAUUAGCGUUGCUAAGUUCAUUAUCAAGUUUAACGUGGAAUUAAAUUUGAAGAUUGUUACAUUAGUCGAUUUUAUAAUGGAUCGCUUUUCAAAAUCAUGUUUCAAUAAUAAACCAAGUAAUAAAACUUAAACUUAAUAUGCAAUUGUAAUUAUUAUGACGGGUACUCACUAUAUAUAUUUUGUUAAUUUGAUACCGAUAUUUCGAUUCAAUUGCAUGAAUCGUGAGUUCCGCCGCGACCACGAUUCAUGCAAAUUUUUUUUGUAUGGAAUAGGAGGACAAACGAGCGUACGGGUUGUUAAGUGAUCACCGCCGCCCACAAUCUCUUGCAACAUCAGAGGAAUCACAGGAGCGUUGCCGGCCUUUAAGGAAGGUGUACGCGCUUUUUUUGAAGGUACCCAUGUCGUAUCGCCCCGGAAACACCGCACAAGGAAGUUCAUUCCACAGCUUUGUAGUACGUGGAAGAAGCUCCUUGUAAACCGCACUGUGGAGGACCGCCACACAUCCAGAUGGUGGGGAUGAUAUCCUAGCUUGUGGCGUGUCGUGCGAAGGUGGAAUUCGGCGGCAGGAGUCAGGUUGAACAGCUCUUCGGAACACUCCCCGUGAUAAAUGCGGUAGGAGACACACAAUGAAGCGACUUCUCUACGCAAAGCCAAUUGGAUCGAAAUAUCGGUAUCAAAUUAACAAAAUAUAUAUCGUGAGUACCCGUCAUAAUAAUUAGCUUGUUAAAUUUGCGCGGUGAUAAAAGUUUAAAAAUAUAAAAUAUGCAAGAUUAUUAUGACGAUACGUCACUCGAACGGUGAGCUCUGUUGGAAGAGCACUCGCACGGAACGCGAGAUGUCUUAGGUUCGAGUCCCGCAUCGUUCAUAAAAUUUUGUUUGUUAUUUACGCAAUUUAUGUUAAAGUAAGUAUCAUAUUUGUUUUUAUAUUAAAUGCAUGUACCAAAACAAUAAGAAAAGAUUUUUGUUUAUUUAUUGUUUAAAUAUGUCUGUCUUAUAGUGUGUUAUUUAUCUAAUAUUUAUGAUAACCUUGCUCCCAUUUAAAACUCCCGUGUACGUUGUUUUCACUGACUGACUAUUAUAUUUUUGCGCGUUAUACAUAACAUGCGAUUAUGUUGAAUGACAGAACCAAGUAAUAUACUUAACAAUUUGAUAUUUAAGAUAUAAGUGAUUUAUCACAUAUCGUCCAUAAAUAUCUGUACAAGUAGAUAAAUAAAAAAGUGUGUGUGUACUUAUGUAUGCACGCAAGAUGUUAUACUUCUUUGGCGUAACAUAGCAAAAAUCAUUAAAAUUAUUUAUUCAUCGUGCUAUUUUACGUUUUUAGAAAGAACAAUUUUGUAAAACUUUCAAAGAUGGCUUUGACGAUUAAUUAUUAACUAAUGAAUACGGCUGUAUGGGCUUGAAGCCUUUGCCUGUCCUAUUAACGGACGAAGAAACAAUAAAAAAAAAACGAAUGACGCAAACGUCAGAAAAUUAUAGGAACCAACUUGUUAUUUUUUUUUGUUACAGUGAUGAGCGCGCAUCUUAAAAUUCACUCUCAUCAUUUUUUCGUUACGCGCCUGAAGAAGUAUAACUUCAAUAAAAGUUCUAGUUUGGUAGAUUAAAAAAUUUUAAACACUAUGUUUUUGUCCGUUAUAGUCAAACACUCGCUGCAUGUGUAACUUUAAGGUUUUUAAUCAGUUUUUUUUUAUUUUUAAGAGAUAUCCCUCACUUCAGCGCUCUUACCAACUAAACCAACCGUCCGUCUCGGACGUAACCCUAGAGGCGCGGGUUCGAAUCCCGUAUCGUCCAUAAACUUUGUUACAAAUUAAAUUUGUAUAUUUAUAAUUUUGUCUUUGUGGUGGUUAUCAUUAAAAUCUGUUCUCAAUUGGCGAGAAAAACAGCCAGGCAAAUUUAAUUUUUUACUUCUCGCCAAACUUCUAGUUCACUUCGACGUUGUUGCGAGUGUAACUGCUGUGCAGUAACGAAAAAAUAAUUGCGUAUUCUUCUACAACUUAUUUUUAGAGUGUCUCCUAAGUAAAAUGAAAUAAAAAACAUUAGACUACCUAAACGUCAAUCAAAUUAUUACGGUAGUAUAAUGUAGUUACAAUUAUAUUUAUUUUUGGAAUCAGUCCUCCAGCCGUGGCCCCGCUCGCUCGAUGCGCGUGCGACACCAGCACAUCUCACCUAUAACUAUGUUUGUAGUUACAAACUUACCUUGGCUAACGCCGACUCCAAUAUAAAAUAAAAGUUUAAAAAUAUUAAGUUAGCGGGGCGAAUGUGGAAUGUAUUCUAGUGUGCGUGGUAACUUCAGAUUCGCUCUGAAGAAGAAGUUUCGCACGAAGUUUAUUGAGAGUGUGUGAAUGUUAACAAGUUACACGCAGAUGCUUCUACCGCACCGAUGCUUAUUUGCACUGCGAGCAUCGAGUGUUUGACAAUGUCUGUCUAUGUGUAUAUUAUAAUAGAUUUCAGUCUGUAUAGGUAUUUACCGGGAUACUACCCUUUUGUAAAUUUGUUUAAAGUUUGUUUAUAUAAUAUUUAUGUUAGGGUGGGCAUCUACCUACAUGUGAACCGGUCGUUAAUAUUAACGUUUUUUUUUUUAAAUACCAUUGUUAUAUAUUGAUUUUGUUCCAUAAUUUAUAUUAUGCAAUAACCUGUAAUUAUGUUUAAUGUUCUUUUUGCUUCUCAAUUGACUAUUUCAAUCAAUUAACUAGUUAGUUAUAAAUGAUAAAGUGUAUCGCGAAAGCUCGUUGUGACCGUGAUCCUUAAACGGAGUGGUAUUACCGAUGUAGCUCUCUCGUUCGCACUUAAGGGCAUUAUAAGUUAUUUUUUUUCUUAACAUUCUUUUAUUAUAAUGUAUUAGUCUACCGCCUUGUUAUAUUUCAUGAUUUAUAUAAUAUUUCAGCCUUAUAAUAUGUUAUAGAACUAUCGUUGGCGUUUCCCAGGAGUAUUGGCAAACCGAUUUGGCAAGUUUAGAUUAAUUAUUUUUAUUAGGAUGGGAAUAUUAGUGUUGUGUAAAAUUUUUUGUAUUGUAGGUAUUAGGUAUGUGUCGAUGUUAUGAUUUAUUGUUAGUACAAAACUAAAUGAAUUUGUAAAUAAUUAUUGAUCUCUGUGAUACGUAAUAAGCUUACUUAUAUACAUAUUUUUUGUAAGGCUACGGUUUUACACAAAUAAACAGUAUGUUGGUA